UUAAAAAAAAGAUCAACCAAGCCAUGACUGGUCAUAUUAAAUGGAAGCAUCCUCAGGUAAUGUAGAUUCAAGUUCGUGCAAAACAUGACCCCUGGAGGUAGAGUGGGGCCAAAAUGAAAGUUAAGACUUAUAGGGAAAAAAGCCAAAGUAUGGCAAAAAAUUCUUUGUAAGUGUAGAUCCAAGUUAUUUCAAAUCAUAACCCCCUCCUUUUCUAGGAGUAGGUCGUGACCACUUAUGUAUUUACGCUUUUCAAUCACUACUGGAUCGAUGUUUGCUAUUUUCAUAGCCAUCGUAGUUGCCAAGAUAAUUUGUUCACUUUUACUGGAACUUUGAUUAUUUUUUUAUAGUUGCAAAGACAAAGGAUGAGAUGUGGGAACAGCUUGAGUCUGUGCCGGACAAUGGAUUGUCUGCCGAUGAUUCGGAUCUCUCAAGACAACAAAGUACAAGGAAAGUAUCUUUGCGAAGAAAUUCUCGAUGUUCCAUUCCAACAGACAUAAAACUUCGACUCUCACAAUCACAUCCAAUAGUAGAAACAGGUAAUCACUUGAUGAAGUCCAUGAACAAUGCCGAAUCAAAGCGACACUUUUCGAGGUCAAACACGAAAAAAGAUUCGUCCAGACAGGACGAAAUCAACCCGCUUGAAAUACUCCAGAGAUCACCAUCACAGGGGCGGAUCCUACCAUACAAUAGUGGCGGAGAGUCCGAACCAGCAGAUGGAAAACUGAUCCAAGGCGAAAAAUCGGCGGAGGGGACGGUUAAACUUUCCGUGAUUUUUACCUACAUUAAAUCAAUGGGAGUGAUCGGUACCGUCCUAUCAAUGUUGUUUGUAAUGCUUUUUCAAGGACUCAAUGCCUAUGGUAAUUUUUGGUUGACAUUUUGGACUGAGGAUGAAAUUAUCAAAAAUCAUUCUCUGGUCACGGCACAGGAAUAUUCGAACCGGAAGUACUACUACCUGGCAAUUUAUACCGUCCUAGGAGUUCUUCAAGGAAUUUUCCUGUUCUUGUUUGCCUUCCUUGGACUCACGAGAUUGAUAACUGCUUCCGGAUCCCUGCAUUCCUCCAUGUUAUUUUGUAUUUUACGUUCCCCAAUGUCGUUAUUUGACACAACACCUGUGGGUCGGAUCAUGAAUCGUUUUUCUAGUGAUAUAGAUAUAUUAGAUGACCGCCUUCCUCGAACCUUCAUAUUGGGGGCUGUGAUGCUAUUUACCUUGUUAGCCAUUUUGGUUGUGAUAUCAGUCAACACGCCUGAUUUCCUAAUUGUUAUAAUACCGGUGGGAAUUUUCUUUAUCUUAAUUUUG